CUGAUCUGCUCAUACUCCCAUCUCCCGCUGCUUCGCCCCUCGGCCCUCAGGCACUCUGUCGAACGACGAUUCACCGCUGUUCACGCUGUCGCUACGGUCCUACCGACGCCAGGCUUCCACUGACCACCGUCGCCGCUAGUCUGAUUCACAAUUCACAAAGCUCCUCUUUUCCAGAAAAUUCCUGCUUCCGCUCCCGACUCUUGCAACCAAGGGAAUGAAGAUAUAAAUUGAGUGAACUGUUGUUGCUUCAGAUGCUACUGAAUGUGAAUUGAUUCAACAAAAAUGUCAUUUUUCCGAGUUUUUGGAAGAACCCAAGCGCUUCAUUCUUUUAAAACAACUCUUCAGCUUCACUCUUCAACAUCCAGAAACUCUCUUCAAAUUAUUGCGCCAAGAUACAGCCUUUUUAGUGUUGGAAACAAUGGGCGCUGGAAAGUUUCGAGUUUUGGAUGUGGGAGCCUGAUGCCAAGGUGUGAAUUCCGAUCAGUAGUUGAUAGCAACAUUCCGUUCUCCAAUUUGGGAAGGCAUAGUACAGCAAGGUCUUGUUCAAUGUUGAACUUUCAGCACCAGUAUGCAACUAAAGCAGCUUACACCGAGAAGAAAUCUAAGAAGAUGCUCCUUUACUUAACGGGAUUGGUUUUUGCGAUGGUAGGAUGUAGUUAUGCUGCAGUUCCUCUGUACAGGAGAUUCUGUCAAGCUACGGGCUAUGGGGGUACGGUUCAACGCAAGGAGAGCGUUGAAGAAAAGAUUGCUCGCCACGCCAUAGAUGGAACAGUUAGUACCAGGGAGAUAGUUGUACAAUUUAAUGCUGACGUGGCUGAUGGAAUGCCGUGGAAGUUUAUUCCUACACAGCGAGAGGUAAGGGUGAAGCCAGGAGAGAGUGCCCUUGCCUUCUACACUGCCGAAAAUCGAAGUUCAACUCCAAUUACGGGUGUAUCUACAUAUAACGUCACUCCAAUGAAGGCUGCUGUGUAUUUCAAUAAAAUACAGUGCUUUUGCUUCGAGGAACAGCGUCUACUUCCCGGGGAGCAAAUUGACAUGCCUGUAUUCUUUUACAUUGACCCCGAGUUCGAAACAGACCCGAAGAUGGAUGGUAUCAACAACAUCAUCCUCUCGUAUACAUUCUUCAAAGUGUCUGAUGAAUAGCAAUUCUACUCAUAGUGUCAGUAACCAGUAUCAUUGAUUGACACUCCCAUGCAUGACAUGGUGAAUAAAUUUCCCCCCUUUUUACUUCUUCAUGGAAACGAGGGAUUUGGAUAUUCAUACAGUAUGCUAUAUCUAUGCUCGUGUCAUUCACAGUUUAACGACGAGCUAUUGAGCAUUUCCUUCACAGCUUUCUUGCUUUAAAUUUCAUCAUACCUUCAAUAGAGGCACUAACUUGCAGAGAAAAAGCCGAUUGCUGAACUCCUCUCCUCUCCUGCAACUCAUCCUCUCUUUGUCUCCUAAGAAAUUUUUUUCCAGAAAGAGAUUAUCGACUUCUGCUAGGUAAUUCUUCUGUUCUUGAAACGUAGGUGGCAGUAAUUCUUGGUUUUUACCCAUGCUCUGUUUAAACAUGCGAGAAAGAUACCACAGGAAAGAUGGGCAUGUAUUUCAGUGACCCAAACAACGUGUCUUUUGUACUAUGGGAAUCACGAAACCGCCAUUAAUGUAAAGGGUUGUGUGCACUGUGUUUGUCAGUCUAUCUAUAAUGUCCAUUAAAGAUGCUGGAGAUCUUGUCUUGAA